AUGUGGAGCAUCUACAACGAACAGCACAAGAAGGAGACGUUUAUGCGGGCCAUGACGGCGCUGGAUCGCCUGGCACCCAUCAUCGGCGUGUACGACUUCUCAUGGAUCGCCGAGGCAUCAAAAAAGGAAAGCGGCGGCAGAGUGAUACUGGUCGAUGUUGGCGGCGGCAGCGGUCAUGCGGUUCAGGCUAUCUGCGAGAACACUGGCCUGCCGCUGGCACGUUGCGUGCUCCAGGACAAGGAGCCUGUCAUCUCCAAGGUCGACGAGUCGGGGGCUCUACUGGGCUUGACGCUCAUGUCGAUUGAUAUGCACAAGGAACAGCCUGUCCAAGGUGCUCUGGUGUACUACAUUCGCCAUUGCCUCCAUGACUACAGCGAUCAAAAAGCUCGAUGCAUUUUGCGACAGAUCUCCAACGCCAUGGCGGCGGACAGCACGCUGCUGAUAGCCGAGCGUGUCGUCGAGUGGCCUCCGAAUGCCGAGUCCACGUCCAUGGACAUGCUCAUGCUAGCUGUCGGCGGAAAGGAACGGACCGCGAGAGAGUGGGCUGACUUGUUGGGGAGUGUAGGGCUCGCGCUGGAACGCAUCCACCGGGUUCCAACCUCCUCGAACUGUGUUCUGCAGUGCGGCAAAGCAACGGCAGCGGUCGAUCAGGACCGUACGGCAGCUGAAGCUUAG